CAAAAAAAAAAAAGAAAAAUCGACAUAAACGAUUUUUUGCAAAACGAACACACGGACGGAGUAUACGUUGUGAUAAAUCAGCAAAUUAGCAUAAGAAACCAAACAAACAAAUCCUGGAAUUCGGAGCAUCUGUAAACAAUAUAUUUUCCUGCAGUUUAUAUAAUACUAAAUAUAAACUAUACUUAAGCAAUUAGAAUAGUUCAGUUGCAGUCACCACGUUACACAAGCAAGUGCCGCCAAUCAUGUUUGUAAAUUCAAUGACGUUUCGCGGAAAUCCAGCUGCCAAUCAUCACUAUCAACAACAACAUCCAACUAUCAAUCAUCAUGCUGCUUCACUUGCAGCUGCUGCAGGUCAUCCGGCAUUGUCUGCACACCACCCUCAGAUGCAUCACCAUGCAUCUGGCCAAGCCGCUGGUCCAUUAAGCCAUCACGGCUCGCAUCCCGGUGCACAUCAAGUGGGCAAUAAUAAUCAUCAUCUCAACUCAAGUGGAAUUAAUCGUCAUCCACAUGCAGCUAUGGGAGUUGGUAGUGGCAAUAUAACUUCUUUGUCACCAAAUUUGGGUGGAAGUUCGGGUGGUAGUGGCGCCAGCACCAGUUCACCUGAUAGUGGCAAAAUUUACAUUAAAAACUUGGAACGUUCAAUUGACAACAAGGCAGUGUACGAUACUUUUUCUGCAUUUGGUAAUAUAUUGAAUUGUAAUGUUGCCAAAGAUGAAGACGGCAAUUCCCGUGGCUAUGGUUAUGUGCAUUUCGAUUCCGAAGAAGCUGCACGCAUUGCUAUCGAAAAGGUUAAUGGCAUGCUGUGCAACAACCAAAAGGUUGUAGUUGUCAAGUUCAUACCACGUCGUGAUCGGGAACAGGAGAAGGCAUCACAGUUCAGGAAUUUGUAUGUGAAAAAUCUAAAUGACGAUUUUACAGAGCAGCAUUUGCGGGAAAUGUUUGAACCGUAUGGGCGCAUCACUAGCCAUAAGGUUAUGCUUGAUGAAGAGGGACGCUCCCGACGCUUUGGUUUUGUCGCUUUUGAAAGUCCACAGUCAGCUUUAGCUGCAGUUAUUGGACUGAAUGGCAAGCAGCUGGGAGACAAUAAAUUUUUGUAUGUUGCACGUGCGCUAAACAAAAUUGAACGUCAACAGGAAAUCAAUCGCAAGUUAGAAGAGCGUAAAAGGCAGAAGCCUGGUCAAGUCUUCUACUACUAAAAUUAUUAUAAUAGCCUGAAGCAUUGGAAGCAGCGUAUACGUUGCAUUCAAAACAAAAAUAAACAGG